UCGAUUUGUCAUUGUAAUUGACGACAUAUUUUUCUGUUUUGAUUAGAAGUAAUAUUUAUUUUCAACAUAAAAACUUGAAAUUAAUUCAAUUUACUUAGUUUUUCGACUCGUUAAUCGCUGUGCAAUCUAUCGCCAUAAUGCCACCACAAAGCGAGGGUCAAGAAACUGCUGUGAAAUCAAAACGACCAUCAGAUUCUGCAUUUAAGCAGCAACGGCUACCAGCAUGGCAACCGAUGUUAACAGCAGGCACAGUAUUGCCCACAUUCUUCAUAAUCGGAAUCGCAUUUAUUCCGAUCGGUGCGGCUCUGUUAUAUUUUUCGAAUGAGGUACGUGAGCACAUAAUUGAUUACACGCUCUGCAACAAAACGGGAACGGACCAGACGUGUGCAUCGAUAAUCCAAGCCAAUCCAGCUGAAAACUGUACAUGCCAAAUCGACUUUGAACUGAAACGGGAUAUGGUUGGCGCUGUUUACAUGUAUUACGGACUGAGUAACUACUAUCAAAACCAUCGACGUUACGUGAAAUCGAGAGAUGAUGAUCAGUUGUUGGGACGGUUGGAAUUGGAGCCAUCAUCUGACUGUACACCAUUUGCCAAAACCGAUGAAGGUACAUGGAUUGCACCAUGUGGUGCAAUUGCGAACUCUUUGUUUAACGAUACUCUAAAGAUCCAAAUGAAAGAUACUGGACGAAUGGUACCACUGUUGCGCACAGGAAUCGCUUGGCCAUCGGAUCGAAAUAUCAAAUUCAGAAAUCCACCUGGAGAUCUGGAGACAGCUCUGAAAAAGUUUGCUAAACCAAAAGCAUGGUCUCGUGAACUUUGGCAAUUGGACCUAGUUGAGCCGAGCAACAAUGGAUUUCAGAACGAGGAUUUGAUUGUUUGGAUGCGUACGGCAGCCUUGCCAACAUUCCGUAAGCUUUACCGUCGCGUCGAUCAUGGUCAGGAAUAUUUUAGCGAGGGAUUGCGUAAUGGAAACUAUACAUUAAUUGUUUCAUAUUCCUAUUCCGUUGCUGAUUUUGAUGGAUCGAAAAAAAUGAUUCUAUCGACCACUUCCAUACUCGGUGGAAAAAAUCCAUUUUUGGGCAUUGCAUAUAUUGUCGUCGGCUGUGUGUGUUUACUGUUAGGUGUCAUUUUACUACUAAUUCAUGUCAAGUUCAGCAAAAGUCCCAACGAGAUGAUCAAUGUAAACCAACGAACACCGUACACAUAGUGACAUUUACCUAAAAGAUGCUGCGAGGCCAGAGACUUUUUAACCAAAUUUGUGAGUGUUAUUAACGGACGCUGAAGUUUUAUUGUGAACCACACAGAAUCUAUAAUUAUAUUGUUGUUUGAAUGUAAAAGGAAAAAUGCACAUAAAAAUCAAUUAUUUAGUUAAAUUAUGAAUUGUUGAUGGGUUUUAGGAUUUUAUUUUUUAAAAUAAACAGAAAAAGCGCCUUUUUAACCAACUAUACAUUUAAUAUUACGCUUUCGAUGUCAACAAAUUAAAAUAAAAAAACGAAAAUCUAACUCUAUUAAUUUUGACAUCAUCCUAAACAUUAUUAUAGUGUCGUAACAACGUCCAAUCACUUGCACCUAAUUUUUAACUGGAACAAAAUUUUUAUUCAAAUCUAUAAACACAAAUGGAAACAAUUUAUAUUUAAUUAGAAGAUAGAAAUUUUUAAUUUAUUGCAAGUUUUGUUAAAAUGAAAAUUUGUUGUCAUCUGUGAAAAGCAUUGCUUUUUUAUAUAAAAUAUAGACCACACCACUUUAACAUAACUCAA